AUGUUUGCCAAAAGACUUGUCUUUGCGUUGUUAAUUUCAUCGAGCCUGCUUAGUGGCGUCGUGGGUCAACAACGAAAUGGAGGCCAAAACGGAGGAAAUCAGCGGAAUGGCGGCAACAAUGGUGGCAACAACGGCGGUAACAACGGCGGUAACAAUGGCGGUAACAACGGCGGCAACAAUGGGGGCAAUCAGGGCAACCAGAAUGAGCUGUUGCUAGAUCCUGAUAACGUCCAGCAAGGCAGUAAGAACGACGGGAGUGCCAAUGGAGAAGAGGGGCAAGCUGCUUCGAACACCGACAACGCAAAUUUCAUCAAUUUCUGCACGGGGAAAACUCUAACCAAUGGCCUACAAAACCAGGGUGGCUCUUGUAACGGAAUUGUAAUGGGAGAUAUCCCAAAUAAGAAUAACAUGGUUUCGACUAUUAUCACUAAUCCCGGCCCUGGGGAAGAUUUGCCUGCGAAUACGGACUUUAAUGUCAACCUCCAGGUCGAUAACUUGGUUGCUGGCUCCUUUACCAACCCCGAUAAUACGUAUUAUUCAGCACCGCAAGAGCUUCAGGGCGGGAGGAUUGUCGGCCAUACCCACGUUACUAUCCAAUCCCUGGGUAACAAUCUUGCUACUCAAAAUGCUCCUAACGCCGAGCAGUUUGUCUUUUUCAAAGGUAUUAAUGAUGCCGGAAAUGGCAGAGGUGGUCUCAGUGCUACUGUUGAAGGUGGACUACCUCCUGGUGCAUACCGCGUGUGCACCAUGAGCUCUGCUUCUAACCAUCAACCUGUUCUCAUGCCUGUUGCGCAACGCGGUGCCCAAGAUGACUGUCAGAAGUUCACAGUUGGCCGAGGAAACGGCGGCAAUAACGGCGGCAAUAACGGCGGCAACAACGGCGGUAACAAUGGUGGUAACAACGGCGGCAACAACGGCGGCAAUAAUGGCGGCAAUAACGGCGGCAACAACGGUGGAAAUGCUGGAGGAAACCAAGGCGGUGCGGGUGGAAAUCAAGGAGGCGCGGGUGGAAACACUGGACGCAACACUGGCGGUAACACUGGCGGUAACACUGGCGGCAACACUGGCGGCAACACUGGCGGCAACACUGGAGGUAGGAGAGCUGGCCCAACAAUCCGCACUUCAGGGGGUGCGCAAGUUCGCCAAGGCACUGCAACCCGGCGCGGCGACCAGGCCAACAGGAUAUGGAGACCAUCACGCGUUUCCUUUACGAGAAGGGAGUUCGUCGCUUGA